AUGCCCAAGAGCCCGAAAGCCAAGAGCCCCACGAACGCGAACGCGCCCGCGGCGGCGAGCCCCAAGGCGGGCAACGGUGGCAAUGUCACCGAGGCGCUCAAGCAAGCCUUUACGACGGCGCCCGAAAACCUCGACGUCGCGGCCGCCAAGGUCGCCGACGUCAUUGCCGGCGCCAAGGACGCCAACCUCGGCGCCGUCACGGAUCAGCUCAACGCGGCGCUGGUCGACGCCGACGCAGGCACGCGCCAGAGUGCGUGUCACAUCGUGACGGCGCUCGCCAAGAAGAAGCUCGCGCGUCUCGAGCCGUACCUCUCGCCGCUGCUCGGCAACGUCCUCGACGGCUACGCCGACAAGAAGAUCCAGGUGCGCG